AUGGAGCUGAUGGUGCUGCUCAAUGCUCUGGUUACCCGCCUGCUUUUCGUGUUGCACUCUCUCAUCGGGGUCUGGAGAGUGACUGCAGUGAAGAAAGAACCCAAGUACUGGCUGCUGGCACUGCUCAAUCUUCUCCUGUGCCUGGAGACAGGGCUCACCCUCAAGUUUAAGCAAGGCAGAGGCUACAAAUGGUUUUCACCAGCAAUAUUUUUAUAUCUGAUUUGCACAAUACCAUCCCUGUGGCUACUAGAAAUUCAUCACGGGACUCAGUACUGUGGUAAUGAGCCUGGAGCAGUUCAGGUGAAUGUCAGCAACCAAGACUUCAAUCAGUCAAGAUACAGCAGUUAUGGAAGUGAGGGAACAGAUCACCACAUCAUUCAGACGGCUAAAGUCUUUGUGAAUCAGCUCUCCACCAUCUGUGAGACUGUAUGGACACUGGCCCUGCACCAGACUUUUCUACUGCUACUAGUAGUUGGGAGAUGGCUUCUUCCCAUUGGAGUUGAAAUCACGCGGGAUCAGUUGUCUCAGCUGCUUCUCAUGUUUGUGGGAACAGCAGCAGAUAUACUUGAAUUUGCUAGUGAAACCUUGGACAUUGAAGAUGUUCGGAAGAAUUAUGUUCUUAUAAAUGCAAUUCUUGCUGUAUGGACCUGGAGUAUGUUACAGUUUCCACUUGAUCUUGCAGUACAGCAUAUUGGCUGCAAACCAACUGCAUCAACGAGGCGGGUGCCCAGCCUGCUGCUGUGCAGGUACAGUGCGGAACUGUGGAACAUCGGGGUCAGCCUUUUCAUACAGGAUGGUCCUUUCUUCAUUGUACGUUCAAUCCUGAUGGGCCACUUCAGGAUAUUCAAUCAGAUGCUGGUGUUUUUUACAGCUAAGAAUAUCUUAGUUGUGAUUCUACAACUGUAUCGUUUGGCAGUGAUAUCGUUAGACUUCCGUGCUACCGUUCUGCAGAAGAGCAGGAAAGGAGAAGUCAGCUGUUGCCCAUGUGAGCCUUAUGAAGCCAGUACUCAUGCUAUUGCUGACCAGGACAACGAAAUGAAAGAGUUUGUCACUUUUCCUCCAAAAGAGGAAUCCCAAGCUCCAUCAGAAAAUCAGUGAGCACAGUUGCUGACUUGAAAGAGGUUGCAUUUCCCCUGAUCAAAUAUACCUUGAGUGCCUAAGUCAUCUUCUCCAUCAAGAGACUGACAGCAUCUUCUAAAACAUAAGGGAAAUUUCUGAAGGAAAUUCAUAUAAGUGGGAUAUUUCAUUAUCCACUUUUAUGGUGGGUUUUGACUAGUUCCCUAUUAUAUUAUCCACAGGGAUUUUGUAGCCAUAGUUUGUAGUAGCAAGAAAGGUUUGGCACACUCACAAAGUUGGUUGGCACUGUGCUAACAUGUACUUACAUGUAUUCAAAUAGAAGGCUAAGGCUAUCGAUUAUGGGAAGUAAGGAAGCAUUUAGCUCUACUUGAAUGGUCAGGCUGUAACUAGAGUGGGAUGAACAAUAUGUUCAGAGAGUAUGGGAGCAACUUCAGCAGCAACAAUUGUGCAGAUACACAAGUGAAGGGAGGUAUCAGAUUUCUACUGUUAUUGUGACAUCUAAACAUUGUUCAUUCAAGAAAUUAAAGAAAAACUUGAACUGAA